AUGGGUUGUUUUAAGUGCUGCAAGGGGGGGGCCUCCAAGGGCAAGUCGCCCUCAGAGGCCUCUGCUGCUGCUGCUGCUGCACAGCAGCAGCAGCAGCAGCAGCAGCAGCAUGAGGAUGGGAAGGCAAUCAGUCGUAAAGAGGAGGAAGCAGCAGCAGCAGCAGCAGGUGGCAGGCCCGUGUCAGUGGAAGUGUCGGGGGUUAUCCCAGAGGAGCAGCAGCAGCUGCAGCAGCAGCAGCUGCAGCAGCAGCUGCAGCACGAGGUGCCUCAACUGCAGCAGCAGAUACAGCAGCAGCAGCAGCAGCACGAGCAGCAGCAGCAGCAGCAGCAGGCUGCAGCAGCAGCAGCAGAUGAUGACGCUGAGUUUGCUUCGGCCGUAGAGGGCCCCUCCCCCCCCCAAAGCAGCCCCUCCCCUGUUGCUGUUGAGGAGCAGCAGAAGCGGCAGUUGCUGCAGCAGCGAGUGCAGCAGCAGCAGCAGCAAAAGCAGCAGCAGCAGCAGGUAUCUGAGAAGCAAAAGCAGCAGCAGCAGCAGGUAUCUGAGAAGGUACCUCCGAGUGCUGCUGCAGCAGAGGACGCUUCCUCCUCAGCAUCACCACCACCACCACCAACAGCAGCAGCAGCAGCAGCAGCAGCAGCACCAGCAGCAGCAGCAGCAGCAGGCAGCAACGAGGGUUUCUCCUCAACUUUAUCUCGCAUUGUGCAGCAAACCUUCGACGACCCGGGGGCCCUUUGGAGUCGUAUUAUUACUUGUUUAACACCAGGGGGGGCCCCCUGUACCCCCAGGGGGGCCCCCCAGGCAUCUCAGGGGGGCCCCCAGGGGGGGGCCCCCCAGGGGGGGGCCCCCCGGGGGCCCCUCCCCCUUCGUAACACAGAUGAGGGGCCCCCUGAUGAGGUGGAAACGGAUGAGGCAGAUGAAAGGUACCCUAUAAGCCCUGCUGCACAGAAAGCUGCUGCUGCUGCUGCAGCAGCAGCAGCAGCAGCAGCAGCAAAGAAGGCUCCAGAGGAAGAGACAGGAGCAGCAAAAACAGCAGCAGCAGCAGCAGCAACGCCAGCAGCAGCUGGUGCUUUGUCUUUGCCGCAGCAUUCUACUGCUUCAGGGGAGGAUGAUCUUCCUGGGUCUGCAGCAGCAGCUGCAGCAGCAGCAGCAGCAGCAGCAACAGCUGCUCGGGAAGCAACAGCAGCAGCUAGACAGGUGCAGCAGCAGCAAGAGAAAGCAGCAGCUUCAGGUUUAUUAAGCUGUGGAGACAGUACAGCAGACACAGCAAUGGCAGCAGCAGCAGCAGCAAAGAAGGCUCCAGAGGAAGAGACAGGAGCAGCAAAAACAGCAGCAGCAGCAGCAGCAGCAACUGCAGCAGCAGCAGCAGCAGCAGCAGCAGGUGCGCAAGCAGCAGCAGCAGGUGCAGCAGAGGCAGCGGACGCGACAGCAGCAGCAGCAGCAGCCCUCAGCAGCAGCAGCAGCAACUGUCCCCGUGCUGCUUCGCAGCGCAGCAGCAGCAAGGCUGUGCUAGAACAAAUCCUCGUAAAGAAAUGGAGGCAGCUGAUGUAUUAUAUAGAGGAGGAGUUGCUGUUUAAGGCCCACCAGUAUUUGUUGCUGCUGGAGCAGCAGCUAGACCAGAAGCAGCAGCAGCUAGAGCAGCAGCUGCAGCACCUGCAGCAGCAGCAGCAGCAGCAGCAGCAGCAGGAGGAGGAGUAUAGUCAAGUAGCCCAUGAAAAUGGGCAGCAGCAGCAGCAGCAGCAGCAGCAGCGCAGCAGCAGCAAGGCUGUGCUAGAACAAAUCCUCGUAAAGAAAUGGAGACAACUGAUGUAUUAUAUAGAGGAGGAGUUGCUGUUUAAGGCCCACCAGUAUUUGCUGCUGCUGGAGCAGCAGCUAGACCAGAAGCAGCAGCAGCUGGAGCAGCAGCUGCAGCUCCUGCUGCAGCAGCAGCAGCAGCAGCAGCAGCAGCAGCAGGAGGAGGAGUAUAGUCAAGUAGCCCAUGAAAAUGAUCAGCAGGAGCAGGCGAAGCAGCAGGAGCAGCAGCAGCAGCAGCAGGAGCAGCAGGAGGAGCAGCAAGAGAUAGAAGAGAUGCUGCUGCUGCUGCAGUCUUAUAAAGAGCAGCUAGCAACAGAGCAACGCAUAGAAAACCUACGCUGCAGGAUAGCCAUUGCAUGCACUAUGCUCGAUCAGUUUCAUCUCUCGCAGCUGCGGCUCAUCUGUACGGAUCCCCGUUUGUCUUUCACAGAGUCUAUCAAUACUCUAUCCUACCAGCAGCAGCAGCAGCAGCAGCAGCAGCAGCAGCAGCAGCAGCAGGGGCAGCAGCAGCAGCAGGGGCAGGGGUUUACGAGUUCUCAGUCUGCUGCUGCAGCAACACCACAGUCACAGAGUCUAUCAAUACUCUAUCCUACCAGCAGCAGCAGCAGCAGCAGCAGCAGCAGCAGCAGCAGGGGCAGGGGCAGCAGCAGCAGGGGCAGGGGUUUACGAGUUCUCAGUCUGCUGCUGCUGCAGCGACGCCACAAACAGAGCAACGCAUAG